ACUUAGCCUACUUCCUUACAGCACUUGCAUAACCUUCAUCCAACUGCAUCAUUGACCUGAUUGCUGUCUAUUCUUGUUCAGAGCCUGCCUGCUUACUUGGACAGCCAUAGCUCCCUUUAUAAUCUCCAUGAUUGCAUGUGUUCUUUGUUCUUCGACCGUCACUUCGGAGGCCGUGGGUUGAAGUACCGCCAACACUACCUUGCUGCUACUCACUUUGACGACUUCUGCUAUCAUUAGAGCUUGCUUAAAUCUCUAGCUCUUUCUAAGCAGAGAUAACCUUCUGGUUUCUGCUCUGCUGAAUCUUCUUACCUGUCUUCACACCUGGUCUACAAUCUCUUUCUUCCGUCCGCGACCCUCCCUCCUUCUUCCUGCCCCUCUUAUCAAGCCUGAAAUGGUUCACUCGACCGGCGAAGAGCGCGCUGUACAUCUGACACGGGAGGCUGUUGAGCUGGCAGACGCUGGCCACCGCGAGGCUGCCUCGCGAAAUCUCCGGGAAGCUCUUUCCUUAGCACCAGAAAAUCCAACUGUCAAAGCUGCCAUUAUCAAGAUUCAACAAGAGGAGAAUAAUGGUCACUAUCUGCUAGACCUGUGCCGGCGAUAUGCCUCUGGAAAGGACGAGAGUGCGGGAAAGGAUGCAGCUCUCUAUCUCCGCACCGAUGGUCUCAAACCGUCAGAGGAGGUGGCGCUGGAAUGCGUCAAACUCUUACUAGCACGGGAACCUUCUAGCCUAUCUUCUUUCCAAGAUGAUAUUAUCUCGGGAUUGGUGCACCAGAACGCCAGCGUACGACAAUACUUUUCGGACCGGCUUCAAGUAUCUGUCACGACUUUCUUUGACGAGAUCUAUGAUCGGGGCGAUGGGGUGGCAGUCUGUCUGGAUACUGUGGUCUUGGAUCAUGCCGUGUGGCCAUCAGAGGAUACGCGCCUGCACUGUGAAAGCGAACUCUUCCAGCUCUUCAUCGCUAAGCUCAUGGAAUCGGGACAUGACUUGGAUGGUCGGUCCCUGAAAGGUAUUGCACGCCUACUCGCGGUCGAUGCGGUCAAGCUGCAACAUCUGGUUGAUGACGAAGGACUUGACGUGAUCCUUGCCUCCCUUGACAUCAGACUUCCUCUCGAGGUGAGGAGCCAGGCAACUCUCGCGACAGUCAAAUACCUCGAAACUUCGAAGGAAACAGGGCAGGACCGUUUCUCGCGGCUUCUUUCCACGAAAGUGACGAAUGCACGCAAUGACGAUCAUAUAGUCGCAUUUUCCGCCCUCUCUGCCGUUUUCCCUGUUGUGCCAGAUAUUGCUGCUUCCCUGUUCCUCUCUGAAAGUUUCAUUAGUUCUCUCACGCCAUUUACGUCGAGGAAUAUGAAGAGCCGGAAUGUGGAAACGGCUAUUCUGGAGCUGCUGAAUGCAGCCUGCAUAAACCAGGCCUGUCGAGAUGCCCUUUCUAAGCACCUCUCUGACUGGCUCUCUCACCUUUUGACGAAUGGCAACGAUCAGAGCUCAGAGUUGGCAGCGGUGAUAUUGGCGAAGGUUCGGGCUUCUGAGAAAGAGAACCCCGCCACGUCCAAUGGUAAAGAUUAUGAGGAGGACGGCCAGACAGCGGAGCUGGUCAAACGCUUCAAGGAACAGAUCUCGAAGCAUAAGGACGAGAGUGUUUCGAACGCAAUCGAGGGUUUGGCCUAUUCUUCUGUCAAGCCAGUUGUAAAGGAGCAGCUUACGAAGGAUUCUGCUUUCUUGAAAGAUUUGAUAAAGGUGCUGAAAGGCAGUAUCGCGGACGCAUCGGUGCUGUAUGGUGGCCUGAUGAUCAUUCUGAAUCUCACACAGUUUCUACCCUCGAUGACCGAAGAACAGAAGAAGAUGUCUCAACUCAGAGCGUACGCAGACGCUUCGGGCGCGACAGCACGAGCUGGGCCUCAUCCGCUGGACGACGACGAGCACGUCAUCGCUCGUUGCAACGCGUUAGUUCAGGCCGGGGUCAUGCCUCUUUUCGUCGAAUGCAGCAAGAGCAGUCUGCCUUCCGCGCAGGGGCUCGUGAGCAAAAUCCUGCUCUCUUUGUCCCGAGACCGCAAAUCUAGAGGAACUCUUGCGCAACAAGGCGCGGUUAAGCUACUUCUCAGCCUGGGGUCUGCUAGACAAGGCACGUCGGGCUCGAUUUCUGACGAGGCGAUGCAGAGCGCCUCACAUGCACUCGCCCGUAUACUUAUCUCUGUCAACCCGUCCCUCGUUUUCCCAUCCUCCGGAAUUCCUCAGGUCACCUCAGCCGUUCGACCUCUCACCAGUCUGUUGACGACGCCUGAAGUAGGCAACUUGAGUGCGGAACAGCCGCGCGAUCUGCUACCUGUGUUUGAGGGUCUUCUCGCUCUAACGAAUCUUGCAUCGUACCCGGAUCCGUCCGCAGCGGAGGCCAUAGUUCGCCAUGCAUGGACAGUUGUCGAAGACCUCCUACUCUCCAGCAGCCCUAUGAUUCAACGAGCAUCAUGUGAACUGGUUUGCAAUCUGAUGACGUGCGAGUCUGGCGUAGCGAAAUUUGCUGAUGGCUCCAAGCGGGCUGCUCAGCGGCUCCACAUUCUGCUGGCGCUCACUGACACCGAUGACAUGGAGACACGCAGAGCUGCCGGUGGCGCACUGGCUAUGCUUACCGAGCUCGAUGCUGCUAUUGCGGGCAUCCUCGAUCGGCCGCGUGGCGUGGAGCUACUUCUGGGUCUUUGUAAAGAAGACGACGAAGGGCUUGUGCAUCGGGGUGUUACGUGUAUUCGGAAUCUGACCUGCAUGGCAACUGGCGACAUCUCGAGGCGCGCGAAAGAAAUGGUGGAGAAGUGUGGAGGGGUCGAUAUCCUGACCGGUGUGCUCAAGAAGUCGUCGAACCCGGCGAUACUCCAGACUGGAGUAGAAGCUUUGAAACCUCUAGUCAAGAGCAAAUAGGCUCCUCACAGUCUUUGAAGGAAAUGGCUUUUUUCUCGGCAACACGUUGAAGUUCAAUGGAGUUACUGGGUAUAAGGAGGGGCCAUCUGUAUGGCGAGGUUUUAAUGGGUUGUGUCUGCCGAGGCUUGCUUCCGGCAUAUUCUGAGCUACUCGUGUGAUUCCCUACCUCGUUGUCUUCUCGUCCUGCUGAGCUGUUUGUGCUCCUGUUCUUCAAUAGCGACUACUUCUGAUCUUCUUUUAUCUUUCAGCAGAGGAUGUUAUUGUUGUGUACUUAGCGUUAGGGAGGGCUCGGCGUUUUACUUUAGGGUUUAUUUUUUUCUCUACAGGUUGUCUCGCAGAAUCUCCAUAGACACGAUUUACAAUGCGAAUUCACAUUUUAACUGAAC